UCUAAUCUUCUUCUCCUCGAGGGAGAGAGAUGUUUCCUCCGACUUUCCUAUGGAAACUCUCUUCCUUCUUUUCUUCAAUCUCCCCGGAAAAUCAGGAAGCCUAUAGAUUUGAGCUGACUUUUUACUUUCCUUAAACUUUUAAUUUUUUUAGCUGUCAUCUUGUUUGACAAGCAUCCCCAACUCUACAGCUAGUAGUAGUGCCUAGAGGAGAUUCGAUUAAAGAUUCGCUGGUUUUCUUGAGCGAUCUUUCUUUUGCUUUUUUCUUCUUUUCUUUUCUUUUAAUUGGUGUUGGUCAUGGAGAGAUCUGAUUCUAGAGAUUCCUACAAGUUAGGUCGAGCUUCAUCAGAUACUAAUAAAAGUACACUCUUUGACUCAUCUCAAUAUGAGUUCUUUGGUCAAAGUCUUGAAGAAGUUGAUUUGGGAGGUCUUGAUGACGCUGUUCUCGGACAUGCCAAUGAUGAUGAUGGGUAUCUUUUGUUUGAUAAAAGAGAGGGUGUAUGUUUAGGAUCAUUAUCUGACAUGGACGAUCUUGCCACAACUUUUGCUAAGCUGAACAGAGAUGUCACGGGCCCCAAACACCCUGGAGUCAUUGGCGACAGAGGAUCAGGUUCCUUUUCAAGGGAAAGUUCUUGUGCUACAGAUUGGACACAGGAUAAUGAGCUCACAAGUUGGUUGGACCAGCACAUGAUUGAAGAGCAAGCUCAGGAAGCUAGCUGGUCUUCAAAGCGACACUCAUCAGCUAACUCAAACUCUUUGUACAGGACAUCCUCAUAUCCUGAGCAGAAAAUGCAGCUGCACCACUACAAUAGUGAACCCAUUAUUGUACCUGAAUCAUCAUCCUUUACCUCUUUUCCUGCGCCUGGCAAUAGAUCUCAACUGUCUUCACCGAGCCAUAUUCAUCGUGCUCCUUCUCUUCCGGGUGGUAGUCAGUUAAACUUCUCUGCUCCAAACGGCUCUCCCUUGUCAAACUCUAUGUUCCAUCAUUCAGGAUUGUCACACGGACCGCCACAUUAUGGUAGUAACUUGGCUAGAUAUGCCUCAUGUGGUCCUACUCUUGGCAACAUGGUGCAGCCUCCUCACUGGGUUACCGACCCUGGCCUUCUGCACGGUGAUCAUUCCGGGUUGUUACACAGUCUCGUGCAACAGCAGCUGCCUCCUAGGAAUGGUUUUACUUCACAGCAGUUGAUUUCACAUCAACAGAGACAAUCUCUAGCUCAACUUGCCGUUUUAUAGUCUCAGCUGUAUAGUUCCUGUCCUUCGCCGUCACACAAAGUUCCUUUUGGGGUUGGCGAAGUAAGAGAAUAUAAACAUAAGUCUAGAAGUCGGAAGAACAAAGGCGGAGGAGGUCUCUCCCAACAGGCAUCGGAUUUGUCUAGCCAGAAAAGUGAAACCGUGUUGCAGUUUAGAUCCAAGUACAUGACUUCAGAAGAAAUAGAGAGUAUUCUCAAGAUGCAACAUUCCAAUUCCCACAGUAAUGACCCUUACGUCAAUGAUUAUUACCACCAAGCUCGGCUUGUGAAGAAAAAUUCAGCUGGUUCUAGAGAAAAGCCUCAGUUCUAUCCUUGUCAUCUAAAAGACCACCACUCUCGGUCCCGUAGUAGUAGUAGUAGCUCAGAUCAGCAACCAAAAGCUCACGUGGAUGCUCUUGGAAAGAUUACUCUUCCUUAUGUUAGUAGGCCACGAGCUCUACUAGAGGUUGACUCUCCUCCUAGUUCUGGUAGUGAUGGGAGGUUUAAUCAUAAGGGAUCUGAAAAGCAUCUGGAACAGGAACCUCUUGUUGCAGCUAGGGUAACCAUUGAAGAUGCUUUUGGUGUUCUUAUCGAUAUAGUUGAUGUUGAUAGGACUCUUCAGUUCAACAGACCACAAGAUGGUGGUUCUCAGCUAAGGAGAAAGCGGCAGAUCCUCCUAGAAGGAUUGGCAACUUCACUUCAACUUGUUGAUCCCUUCAGCAAAACCGGCGGAUUGACAACCAAGGAUGAUAUAGUCUUUCUACGCAUAGCGACUCUUCCCAAGGGUCGGAAACUGGUCACACAGUAUCUACAGCUUCUUGUUCCGGGUACUGAGAUCGCUCGGGUUGUCUGUAUGGCUGUAUUUCGCCACCUCAGGUUUUUAUUCGGUGGCCUACCGUCGGAUACCGCUGCAGCAGAGACGAUAGCGAAUCUUGCUAAAGCGGUUUCGGUUUGUGUUCAAGCAAUGGAUCUCCGAGCACUCAGUGCUUGCCUUGCAGCUGUUGUUUGUUCUUCAGAACAGCCACCUCUCCGUCCAUUAGGAAGUCCUUCUGGGGAUGGAGCGUCAGUUGUCUUGGUGUCUCUUCUUGAGAGAGCUGCUGAAGUUGCACGUGUCAAGAACUCGAAUGAUGGACUGUGGAGAGCCUCGUUUGAUGAAUUCUUCUCACUUCUUACCAAAUAUUGCAGGAGUAAGUAUGAGACGAUUCAUGGUCAGAACCAGGACAAUGCAGCUCAUGUGCUGGAGGUAGCUAUAAAGAGGGAAAUGCCUGCUGAGCUUCUGCGUGCGAGCCUACGCCAUACAAGUGAUGACCAGCGUAACUUUUUACUAAACUUUGGUCAUAAAGCAUCACCGGUUAGCGACUCAACAACAUCUCGUGCAAGGGAUGGUCAGAUUAACUCUGAGUCUGUGAGGGUUUAAGUUUAACCAUAUAGGAAAUGGACUGUGAGAACAUUCAAGAGUCCGGGCAUGGAAAAAUCGUGUGGCUGGUGUAGUGACAAGGUUCGGAUGAUAAAUGCUUUUUUUUAGAUUGUGUGUUUUAGAUUUCUUUAUACCUGCUUAUGGUUGUGUAUGGAAGCUGGGGAAUGAAAUAUUGAAAGCGGGAGCUGUUAAAACUUUCAAAAUAGUGAAAAUCCGGGAGAGAUGUGUUUUUUGGUGCUCUGUGAUGGAAACUCCUAUUCGUAAGACUCAUUAUGGUUUAAGGAGUUUGGAAAAGAGACUAGUGUUUGUGGCUAUUUACACGCUGAUGGUUGAUGAUGAAUGGUCAUGCUUUGAUGAUGAUGAUGAUUUGGAUGGUUUGAAUUGUGCGGGAGCUAAGAGGCUUUUUGUUGUCUUAGCAUCUUGUGGGUAUAUGUUCAUCUGUAAUAGUAAGGAACACAGUCUUUUUUUCUUAUGUUGUUUCUGUUGGAUCAUGUCUCUGAAUUCGUUGUAUGAAUCUUAAUAGAUGUUAGUCGGAUUGAGUGACUUGAGUGUA